GCAGAGAGGCCGAAUCUCCAGCUGAUCGUCAGUGAUUCUCAUCCCAGCACCAUCUCCUCCACCGGAUUCGCGCUGAUCUUUGGGACAAUAAGUCCCUUAGAAUCCAGCAUCGGUCUAAAUAACGCGCAGAUAUCAGAACUGGGGUUUAAAGCAUCUUUGGCCGUGUCGUAUCUCGUCGCGCGAGGAUGAUGCCUCUCUGGAUGCAGCGCGCGCGCGUGUCCUUGAGUUGAGGACCACCAGCAUUAGAUGUUUCUCCAUCUCACGGCCGAUUGCGUCUUGAGUAAAUGUGUAUUUUUGCUCUUUUAUGCGCUGGAGAACUGUAAUGGAGGAGACUAGAUGAGAGAGUGAAGGCGUGUUUGGAGAGCAGUCUUUAUUGGUGUUGUGAAUCAUCAGUGCUACUGUGAAGAUGCCGAGGAGUUUACGCAGGCUGGUGCACCUGGUGCUCUUCUGUCCCUUGUCUAAGGGUUUACAGUGUGAUCAUUAUCGCAGAGGUAUUAUCUCGGGAUCGGUGUGUAAGUCUCUCUGCGAGGAGAAAACGCUGUCUCUUCAACGCUGUCUUUCAAUGUCACCGACGCACCAGGUAUACAGUGCUGUGUGGAAGGAGAAAGCUGUAUUGGUAAAGUGUGGGAUUGAGGAGAGCAUGAGAGGAGAAAAUGGUCCUGACUCUCCACUAUGGCAUGAAAACAACCUCUACGAUAAACCCACCCGCGGAACAUCCAUGGAUGAAUUCAGAGUGAUGCUGCAUUCCUUUCUCAAGGACAGUGUUGGUGAGCAGUCAUCUCUUGGCACUCUUGUAACUCGUGUGAUUUCUCUGGCGGAUGUCAAUGGCGAUGGCAAAGUUUCGUUAGCAGAGGCGAAAUCCGUGUGGGCUUUGCUUCAGAUUAAUGAAUUUGUUUUAAUGGUGGCACUGCAAGAUAAAGAACACGCUCCCCGCUUGCUGGGCUUCUGCGGAGACCUUUACGUGACUGAAGGCGUAGCACACAGCGCCCUCUUCAGACUGGAGGUGCCUGGUUGGCUGCAGCCAGUGUUUCCUGAGGCGCUGAGUGUCGCUCUUAACCAGUGGCUUGCUCCUGCGUGGCCCCGUAGGGCUCGGAUCACCAUCGGCCUGCUAGAGUUCGUCGAAGAGGUAUUCCAUGGUGUAUAUGGAAGCUUCUACAUAUGUGAUGCAAGCCCAAGACGGGUCGGCUACAAUGAGAAAUAUGACUUCAAAAUGGCAGACCUUCAAAACGUAGCAUCGGAGGCAACCGUCAAGGGGUUCCUGCGAGGGAGGACUUGCGAGGCAAACGCCGAUUGCACUUACGGGCGGGAUUGUACUGCAACGUGUGACCGAUUGGCAAGGCAGUGCAACGUGGAGGUGGUGCAGCCCAACUUGGCCAAGGUGUGCGCGCUCCUGCAAGACUUCCUGCUUUUCGGAGCACCAUUGGACCUGAGGGAGGACCUGGAGAAACAGUUACGCACCUGUGUGACUCUCAGUGGACUGGCUUCUCAGAUGGAAGUGCAUCAUUCCCUUGUUUUGAACAACCUUAAAACGUUACUGUGGAAGAAGAUCUCAAAUACCAAGUACUCUUGAGACCAACAUGAUUAUCAAGAGAAAGGCAAUGAAGAGCAGGAGAAUUGGAGACUUCCAGAGAACAAAAGUGGGGUCAGUAAAGUAGGUUCUGGGGUGCCAACAGAAUAGCUGAACUCUGACAGCCACUACGGACUUCAAAUUUGUCGAACAUCAAUUGCGAACAUGGGAAGUUGGUGAAUGGAAGUUCUGAAAGGGCAUACACUACAUCCCCACCCUGUUUUUCUUCAACAACUCAAUUGAAGAACUUUUUAACCUUAUAGAAACGCCUAUAGAAUACUUUUUUUCUUUGUCCAAAAGGUUCAAGGUGAAGACUGUUCAAUAGGAACAAAGAUAAGUGAAGACAUUUUUCUGACCAUGCAACUCCUUCCCAAAUUAGUUCUUUUUGGUGAACUUUUGGUUAAGGAUCUGGGCUGCAAGCACAAGGAUAGUAGGGCUAGUUCCUAGUAGAAGAAACCCAAGGGAAGAGUUUCCAAGAGGACGGUCUUGCUCUAUGCUCUACAACCCCAUUCUCUUUUACUUUAGUGACUCAACUGAACACCCUUUAAUGCUAAUAGAAAAACCUGCAGAACAAUCUCUUUCCUUUUGCCGAAAUAUCCAAGGUUAAGUAAGACAUAAUUGGAGAAAACCAACUGUAGGGCGUUUCUUUGACCAUGUAUCCCCUUCCCAAAUGAUAUCUUGGAGCUCUGCUUGGUGUACUUGUGGGUAAGGAUCUGGGUUGCAAGCACAAGGAUAAUAGGGUUAGUUCCAAGAAGUAACCCAUGGAAAGGAGAGUUUCAGACAGGUCUUACUCUACAUCCACACCCUCUAUUUUACUUGAAUGAAUCCCCUGAAGACCCUUUAACCCUAUAGAAACACCUUCAGAAGAAUCUCUUUCCUUUGGCUGAAAAGUCCAAGGUGAAGUAAGGAACAAAGACAACUAGAGGACAUUCAUUUGACCGUGCAAACCCUUCCCAAAUGAGUCCUUCUUGGUGAACUUUUGGUUAAGGAUCUGGGCAGCAAGCACAAGGAUAGUAGGGUCAAUUCCAAGAAGUCACCCAAGGAAAGAGUUUCUAAGAGGAUGGUCUGGCUCUACAACCACGACACCCUUAAGCAAGACAUGCAACGUUUGGUUGCAACAGCAGGCUUGUUCCUGGAACACUACUCUGAGUUUCUUUUUGAAGGAUAAACUACAGCCACACCUAUUUUGACUUUCAGUACAGAAGAAAUGGAUCUUUAGCAAUGUUUGGAAGCACCCUAACUUUGAAGUCAGGAAUUGUUGGGACUGUACACCAAAAAAUGCAACACAACUAAGACGGAACGAGUGAAGGUUAUAUAUUGUCUUUUUACAAGGUGUAUGUUGUGUUAAGUGUGUGUGCUUGUUCUGGAGAGUUUGUGAUGGGAUUUGCACUUGAACAGUGAGAUUACUUCGUGUUUCUCAGGGUUUGCAUGUUUGUCUGAAUGUGUUUGGAAAAAAAUUACUAUUAACAUUAAUCCUAGAUUAAAUGGAAUUAGGUUGUCACUGUAAACAAUGUGCACCGUUUAAGGAAUCACAGUCUAGUGACUGUAUAUGUGCAGGCUUAUAGAACAUAUCCGCAUUUAAACCUGAAAGUGUGUGUGCAUACUGUAAACACAUCUCCUUGACUCUCAGUAGGCAGUUUUAUAAACAUCUCUUACACUAGUGAAACAAAUCUAAUCUAAUUUUAUUACUGCUAAACAACAUGCACAUCCCACAAAUAACCAACAAGAAGUACCAAGUGCACAUUUAAAAACUUCUGUUUCCUCUUUUCACUUUCAAGAUCAUUCUCCUCCCCAACUUGGGAACGAUCCUGAAAUUGUGUUCUUGCACAGAUUCAGGUACAUUUAGGUGAUUUUGAGUUGAUUUCAGAUAUAAAUCACAAAGGAUGAGUUUCUGUCUUCUAGUGUGCAGUAGGCUUUAGUACAAUUUCACAUUAUGAAUGAAAUGAUUUUAUGUACUAUUAAGUCAUGAUUAUUUUAUUUUGUGUCUCUGUAGAGAGAGCAGCACAAUUAGCAAGGCUCCUAAAUACUAAUUUAUUUGACCUCCAAUUUGUUCAGCUGUUAU